AUGAAGUUAAUCCUCCUAUAUUUAUGCCUUGUGGGCAUAUCUUAUGCUGGUCCGCUGCGCAAACCACGCAGGGCAGGAUAUGGAAGCAAAAGUGAAGAAAUGAUGCAGUUUGGUCCAUAUGGCUAUAUAAAUUCACCACAAGAUACCCAAGUUGCUGGUUCCUUUUAUGGCUACCCUUCAGGUUACCCACAGAUGUUUUCCCAGUGGCCUAUAUUGCCUCUGCAGAGAUUUUUCCUCUGGCCGCAAUCAACAACACCAGCACAUCAAGCUUCUAGGCUUCCCCAGCAGAAGCCGCAACAAAUUCCAGGAACUAAGCAGCCCAAUCAAAGGCCCCAGUUACCACCACAGCAACCAAGAUAUCAGCAGCCACAACCUCUGCCAAAACAGCCAGAAAAAACCAACCCAUCUCAGACUUACCCACAAGUGCCCUUUCAGCAUCCUAAGGAGGGAAAACAGCAACAGCCUCAGGGCUUUCCUCCAUAUCCGCAACCGCCUUGGCAUUUUCCACAGCUUUUUGGUUCAAGAGGCUUCCAACCAAAACAUUUUGGUGAUGACUCUACAAUGGACUACCAGUAUGAAUUAUUACAUAUACCAUUUGGACAGCCACCUGUCAGCAAUGAAGAAGGGACACCGUAUUUUGGAUAUGGCUACCACGGGUUAGGAAAUCGGCCUCCUUAUUAUUCUGAAGAGAUGUAUGAACAAGAUUUUGAGAAACCCAAAGAAAAAGAACCCCCUAAGGAGAAUCCAGCAUCAGAUCCUACAACAAACUCAACAGCUUCAGACACAAAUUCAACCAUUCCAGCCAGCCAUGGAGGGAAUGCUAAUCUUUCAGGGCUCAGCACAACAAAUAAUGAGGCCAAUUUUGUUCAUGGAAAUGGAAUCCCAACACCUUCUCCUACUGGUCAUAGGUCAGGGCAAAAUGAAGCAGCACAAAAUGGCAUUGAUCAAUCAAAUUAUAGACCUAAGUCUACAGAUACCAAUGUUUUUCACAAUUUGUUUUCAGGUAACCAACAAUCCAGGGGACGUGAUUCAUAUAUUUAUAAACCCAACUCAGAUAUGGGUAAUACAAGACACAACACUUUAGUUUCUAGAGGAAAUCCAUCGAUACAAGCUGAAAACCCAGCAGACCCUUGGGUUUAUAGAGACAAUUCAGUUCACAGAACUAAUCUGCAGAGAAUUAACAAUAAUCACCCAACAGCAAAAAAUAGACCAAACACAUUUGGGCAACAAGAGAAAUCCCAUUAUCCUGGAAAUAAUCCAUCAAGUUGGAGAGCUGAUCCUAGCUCUGGUCCAGGACCUCAAUGGAAUAAAAUUCCAACAUACGGAGGUAAUAAACAACCUAGUUCUCCAUUACAAAGUCAUUCUCUAAAGAAAGUAGAAGAAAACAGUGAUAUGUAUCAUCCUUCUAGAAAACAACAGUCAAAUGGUCAAUUCCAUCAAGAAACAUUUUUGGAUACAAGGGGAAUUCCAUUUGAAAAAGAAGCCCAUAAGAAUGAUUGGAAGGAACCGUCCUUUAUUCAUCCAGAUCAUCAGAGAGAGCAAUUUCCAUCUUUACUAAACCAAAUGUGGAAUCAGAAAGAUUUAGAGAUGGUUAAAGAAGCUCCUCCAGGAUAUAAUUCAGUGUAUUCCCCAGAUUCUUUUCAUCAAAGGGAACAUGCUACUUAUUCUGAAAAGAAUUUUUACAGCCAGCAAGCUCCUUCCUUUUAUCCUAGAGCAUGGGAUGACAAACAGAACUUGCCUACAACAGAGCCUCUGGGGCAAAGAGGCUCUUAUUCGCCCCUUUUGCCUUCAGAUCAAAUGCACAGGAACGAAUAUCAUGGAAGCAUUCAGCAGGAGAAUGAACUAUAUUCCAGGCAAAAUAUAUGGCCCCAUGAAAAACAUUUGGCUGAUCCUGAUAUACGGUACCAAAAUCCUCCCUAUAAUCCAAGUGAGCACCAUAUAAAUCCCAAAUAUUCUAUAGAACAUCCAGCCAAUGGAAGAGGCAAUUUGCCAUAUGAGGAAAUGAACAGACAGAUCCCAGAACAUUCUCCAGUGCAUGGUUCAGAACAUUAUGAACAUAUUCCAUAUCAUAUAAGCAAUACACAUGGACACACAGAGAGGAAUCUGCCAUACCCUGGACCAUACCCUCCACCACAAACUAGUAAUCUUUUCCAAGGAAGAUCACCUUAUGAUGAAAGAGAUACAUGGCCCCCCAAAGUGGCUGACCCAUCUGCUCCCAAAGAAACUUCAUCCUACUUUAAUCCUUACUCCACAAACAUCAGAAGAAACCCAACACAUACUGAAGAUAUGUGGAGAACCAUACAUAUCAGUGCACCCAUUUCAAGCAAUAAUGCUCCUGGAAGGAGAAAUUAUCCUAAUACGGGAGGAUAUCCAAGAGAACAUGAAACAAUCACCUCCCAACCUACUAUCAACUAUUUUUGCUGUGCAGGUGAGUCCCUAGGGGUAAAUGAAAAUAUACUGGCACCUUUGAGAAUUGCACCUCAGUUCAGGGCGGUUUCAUGGGAACAAAAAAGUAGUCCAACUUAUCCUGAAGGCAGCCAUGCUUUAUAUGCCAGGCGUCCUGCAUACCUAGCUGGCAUUCAGUCUAAUCUUUGGAACAAUUCUCUGAAGUCUAAUCACAGAGAACAUCCAGGUGACUUUGAGGAAGAAGUAGCAGAUCUAGGAAAGAGUCCUCCAUGCUCCAAUUCUCUAUUAGCCCAAACAAGUGAUCAUGAUACUAUCCAUGAAACUGGAUUAUUUCCUUCCAAGAGUAUACUUUGCUCUAAAAAUAGUAUCAGAGGGGAUGGACAUACUGUACUUGCUCAUAUCGUGGAGGUAAAUCAGCCCAAGAGAGAGUUUGAAAAGGCAGCUUUAACAUUUCCACAGCCACAAGGCAUAAGAAAUGAAGCUAUUGGUGAAAUUGAUAGGAAGGAACACCAUGCAACACAAGGGUUUGGGUGGACACCAUGCUUUGGAAGUUGGUUAAAACAGCAUAUAUUUAGUACUGGAGAUCCAUUAGUGGAUCAAUCUUCUGAUAUCUUUUAUGCAGAGAAUUCAAUGCAGGCUGGAAAACCUAUCAUGCUGCCUGAACCCCAACCAAUGACAAGCACAGUCCUAGCUCAAGAUGUAGGAGAAGAUCAAUUAAAACUCACUUCUCCAGAAGAACAGGUGGGACAACCAAAUGAAAGGACAACAGACUGUUUACUCCUCCAUGAGUGA